AUGGUCGCGCCGCCCCGCUCCGCCCCGCCCGCCGCCGCGCCGCGCCGCCGCCCGGUCUACUACGAGAAGCGAAAGAGAAGACAGGAGGAGAAGGCUGCGUCCUCGGCGACUCUGGCGGGCCAGUCGAAGAAGGAGCGGAAGGCGUCCUUCAACAACGGCUGGGAUGACGAGAACUACGACUACAUUGUCAAGAAUGGCGAGCUCUUCAACGAGCGGUACAUCGUCAGCACCGUCAUCGGCAAGGGCUCCUUCGGCCAGGUGGUCAAGGCGUACGACCAGCGCAAGUCGGAGUACGUCGCCAUCAAGAUCAUCAAGUCGAAGAAGCCCUUCCUGCAGCAGGCCAAGACGGAGAUCGAGCUGCUCGAGUUUCUCAACAUCAAAGACACGAUGGACUCGGCCUGCAUCGUGCGGCUGCACGAGCACUUCCUCUUCCGAGGGCACCAGUGCCUGGUGUUUGAGAUGCUCUCGUACAACCUGUACGACCUGCUGCGGCACACGGGCUUCAAGGGCGUCUCGCUCAACCUGAUCCGCAAGUUUGGCAAGCAGAUCCUCAAGGCACUCUGCUUCCUCACGCUGCGCGACGUCUCCGUCAUCCACUGCGACCUCAAGCCCGAGAACAUCCUGCUGCGACACCCGAAGCGGUCGGCCAUCAAGCUGAUCGACUUUGGCUCCUCGUGCCGCGACGGGCAGACCGUGUACUCGUACAUCCAGUCGCGCUUCUACCGCUCGCCCGAGGUGCUGCUCGGCUGCCCGUACUCGACGUCGAUCGACAUGUGGUCGCUCGGCUGCAUCCUCGUGAAGAUGCACACGGGGGAGCCGCUCUUCUCGGGGCAGGACGAGGCGGACCAGGUGAGCAAGAUCUACGAGCUGCUCGGCCCGCCGCCCGCCCACAUGGUGCAGUCCGGCACCAAGGGCCAAAAGUACUUUCGCGCCGCGAGGGACGGCUCGUUUGUGCUGCGCGACGCGGCGCGCUCCACCCCUCGCCGCUCGCUCGACGACGUGCUCGGCGUCGAGAUCGGCGGGCCGGAGGGGCGGCGCAUGGACGAGCCCGGCCACUCGGUGAGCGACUACCUUCGGCUCAAGGACCUCAUCAUGAUGAUGCUGGCCUACGACCCGAAGCACCGCAUCACCCCCUUCCAGGCCAUCUCCCACUCCUUCUUCGGGAUGACCGACCUAGAGGUUCAGACGGAGGCCCCGGGCAGCAGCGGCGCCUCGGGCAGGGGCGGGGGCAGCCGAGCGGGCUGAGCCCCCGCAGUAGCGGCGGCGGCGUACCGCGUACACGCAAGACGCACAUGUCCAUGUCACUGUUGUCGUUGUCGCUUCCUGGGUGCGGGUCUGGCAUUUAUUCCGGUGUUGCUGGGCGCGUGGCGUGUCACCCCGUGUUUGCUCUGUUCGGCCGCGCGCACUCGCUGCUGUCACGGCGCCCUGGCUUCCCGUGUGUAGUUCUCAUGUACACAUUGGCCAUCCGCAGAGUCCAGAGAGAGAGAGAGAGCGUCGAGUAAUUUCGUCCAAUAGUACGUGAGCAGCCUUUCCGUAUGGCUUGGAGCACUUUGGAGUGCAGUGUCCGUCGCAAGUCGCAUAUCUCGACGAGAUCGAAAUAAAUAAAUAAAU